AUGCCCUGCAGGACCCCUUUACUUCCAUGUGCAGUGCCUGUGGGCCUGGGGCAGUGCAGGAGCAGUAUAAAAGGGAGACCUUCUCCUCACUGUCUCAUUCACUCCUCUCACCUUCAUCUCCUUGGGAUCAAGGUGCACCUGCAGCCCCAAGCCAUGUCCUGCUACACCCCGUGCCGGCCCUGCCAGCCCUGUGGCCCCACCCCGCUGGGCAGCAGCUGCAAUGAGCCCUGUGUCAGGCAGUGCCAGGACUCCACUGUGUUCAUCCAGCCCUCGCCCGUGGUGGUGACCCUGCCUGGGCCCAUCCUCAGCUCCUUCCCACAGAACACCGCCGUGGGAUCCUCCACCUCUGCUGCUGUUGGCAGCAUCCUCAGCUCUCAGGGAGUGCCCAUCAGCUCUGGGGGCUUUGGCCUCUCUGGCCUGGGCAGUGCCCUCUGUGGCACGAGGAGCCUCCCCUGCUGAAGCUGCUGACACUGCCCUGGGCAGGAACCCAGGGGACACACAGGAUGGUACAAGCCCAGGGAUAGAGCAUCAGUGCACUAUCUUCCACUCAGAGUGACUUCUUUCUCACCAUUUGACUCAUUAAAGCUCUUCUGCAUCCCA